AUGCCCAGAAGAAACCACCACCUGGAUGGCAACUACUUGAGAGGGAAAGGAAACACCUAUUUUGCAGCAGAAGAAGCUCUGGGUAUUGGACUCUUGAUUUUGGUGCUGGCAAUUUUACUUGCCUUUGGCUGCUGGUAUUACAAAAGACGUAGUGGCUACAAAAGUCUGCGGAGCAAAAGCUCUAGUGCGGGCACAGUACGAAACGUGGUAGGUGAGGGAGCAAUAUUGGACUGCAAAAUGACUCUGCAGGAGUACAGAAACUUUAGUCCUGUGGUACCUGAUGCUCCACCAGCGUAUGACAAAAUUGCUGCAGAUCAGUCACCACCACCUUAUUCACCAUGA